GAAAAGGAAAGAGACUGAAGCAGGCCAAGGAAGAAGCCACAGCAGAGAUAGACCAUUAUAGGCUCCAGAGGGAAAAGGAUUUCAGAUGGAAGCAGUCUAAAAUAAUGGGCUCUCAGGAUAAUCUAUCAACAAAAAUAGAUGAAGAAACUGCAGCAAAGAUCCGAAGCCUCACUAAUAAUUAUCAUAAGAACAUAGAGAAUGUGCUCGGUCAUCUCUUGGGCAAAGUAUAUGAGAUCAACCCUGAUAUCCAUCAAAAUUAUACAUACACAAUUUAA